CGUGCCGCUCUCGCGUAAGACCCAGUUCUCGGAAAGCUGCAUUUCGCUUCAGGGCGCUGGCACGCGUUGUCUUGUGUUUACUGCCAAGAUUUUGGUCGUUUUGACAAAAACGAGUGCGUCAGCGUGCGGGUGCGGUGCGGUGCUGCAGACAGCGGUUCGCAGUGGCUGCUCCGAAUGAAUGAGGCGCGCAGUGCGCCCGCGCAGCGCCGGCCCGCGCUCCACGUCGCUCAGUGUCCGCCUGCGACCCGAGCUCGCCUGUCGCGUUCAGUGUCACACCAGUUCGCCCUUCGCCGCUCCUCGCUAGCGGCAGUGCCAGUUCCGACAUAAGAUGCUUGCGUUCUUCGCAGUGGAUACCGUUUGUGUUACAGUUUUUCACAGUGUUUAAAAGUGGAUUCCGGACUAUACCAGGCCGUGGAGCACGCGCAGCGGCUCGAGCGCUCCCAGGCCAUGUAUGUCAUAAAUUUAGGUAAUUCAAAUGGCACAACCUAUAGACAACAGCAUUAUACUUCCGAUGAAGAGAUGGCGCACGAGAGCGCCAGCGGUGCGGAGGGGUCGCCGCACCACACGCCGUCCCCGCCGCACGCCUCGCACCUGCCCGCCGACACCAGCUUCCACCACCAGAUCAUGCAGAGUCAGAGCCCGAGAAAGAACCAUAUCGCCGAGAGGGCGAAACAGUCUUUAGACAAUAAUUUCCUGAUGCAACUGAAGAAGCAGCAACAGUUGCAACAGGAGAUCUUGUUGCAGCACUUCCAGCAGCAGAGGCAGCAGCUGGCUGAGCAGCACCAGCAGCAGAUUCGACAGCAUUUAAAGUUAUGGGAACAACAGAAAGCGAUGGAAGAGGCGGCGCUGCGGGAGGCGAGAGAGGCCCGGGAGGCGAGGGAGGCCCGCGAGAGGCACGAGAGGGACCGCGUGGAGCUGCUGCGGAAGAAGGAUAAGCACGAGCCCAGUGCGAACGCGUCCACGCAGGUCAAACAGAAAUUACAGGAGUUCCUAAAGAAGAAACAAGCGGCAGCAAAUGCAAACGGAACAGUAAACAAUUCACCCUACAGAAAUUGGGGUAUAGUCAAAUCGUCAUCAGGGGAGUCGAUAACGUCAACGGGCGCGACGGCCACGGCGCACCCGUACCGCCUCACCGCGCCCCUCCCGCUCACACUCAACGCCGCCCCCCCGCAACCCUCGCCCGCUGACUUCCCUCUCAGAAAAACAGCGUCGGAGCCCAACAUGCUGAAGGUGCGGCUCAAGGCGCGCGUCAUCGAGCGCCGCGCGUCGCCGCUCGCGCGCCGCCCGCUCAAGACGAGGAUCAAGCAUCGCAAUUGCGACGGCUCGUCGCCGCGCGGCUCGCCGCCGGGCGCCGUGGCGGCGCCCAUCCGCGAGGAAGAGGAGGGUGGUCGCGCGCCGGAACUAUUAUUCUCAUCGCCUUCGCUGCCCAAUAUCUCGUUGGGCCGGCCGCACGCGCCGCCUAGACAUGUGCCGCCCGCGCCGCCCGUGACGGUGGCGUUACCUCCCGUAUCGGAGGCGGAGGCGUACAUGGGCGCCGCGGCGUUGGGCGCGCGGCUCAGCAAGCGGCCGCUGGGGCGCACGCACUCCGCGCCGCUACCCCUGGGCGACCCCGCGCUGCAGCCGCCCUCCGCGCACCACUACCUGCGCGACCAGAUACGCAAGACUGUAUUGACCCGUGCGCACGACGCAGCGGCCGCGCAGUUGCGCGAGGAAGAAGGCGAAGUCAUAGACCUGACGUCGCGACGCCCCGCCACCGCCGACGCGCCGCCCGGACCGACGAGCGCGGCGGGCCCAGCGGUGCUGGCCGGCGCAUGUCCGGCGGUGGGCGCGGCACCGCUGGCGCGUGCGCUGUCGUCUCCGCUGGUAGGCGCGCGCGCGCCCGCCACAGGACUCGCGUACGACGCGCUCAUGCUCAAACAUGGUUGCGCAUGCGGCGCGCACGCCCCCACGCACCCGGAGCACGGCGGGCGGCUGCAGUCGGUGUGGGCGCGCCUGUGCGAGACGGGCCUGGCCGCGCGCACGGAGCGUACGCGCGCGCGCAAGGCCACGCUGGAAGAGUUGCAGAGCGUGCACACGGAAGCACACGUCGCCGCGUGGGCGGGCCGCGCUACCCCGGCAGGUGUGUCAGGCGGCAAGGGUGAGAACCGGUCGGUGCGGCUGGUGCGGCUGGCGUGCGGCGGGCUGGGCGUAGACGCAGAUACGGCGUUCAGCGACGCGCACACGCCGGCCGCCGCGCGCCUCGCCGCGGGGGCCUUGUUGGAUCUCGCCACCAGGACCGCGCGGAAUGAACUGAGGAAUGGUUUCGCGAUAGUGCGGCCGCCGGGCCACCACGCCGAGCCCAACCAAGCGAUGGGCUUCUGCUUCUUCAACAACGUGGCCAUCGCCGCGCGCAUCCUCAACACGCGCCUCGGCUUGCAGAGGAUACUUAUUGUCGAUUGGGACGUGCACCACGGCAACGGCACGCAACAGAUCUUCUACGAGGACCCGCACGUGCUGUACAUGAGUUUACAUCGACACGACGACGGCAACUUCUUCCCGGGCACCGGCGCCGCCUCGGAAUGCGGAGCCGGACCCGGCUUAGGAUACACCGUCAACAUAGCGUGGCCCGGCGCGCCGCCCCUCGGCGAUGCGGAGUACCUUGCCGCCUUCCGGUCCAUCAUCAUGCCCAUUGCUAAGGAAUACGACCCUGAAAUAGUUUUAGUAUCGUGCGGUUUUGACGCGGCGGGCGGUCACCCCGCGCCGCUCGGCGGAUACAACGUGUCCGCCGCGUGCUUCGCGCAAAUGACGCGCGACCUCAUGCAGCUCGCCAAUGGAAAGGUGGUGCUGUCGCUGGAGGGCGGCUACGACCUGGCGGCCAUGUGCGACUGCGCACAGGAGUGCGUGCGCGCGCUGCUCGGCGAGCGCGCCGCCGCACCCACGCUCGCCGAGCUGGCCCGCUCGCCCGCGCCGCACGCGCAGGCCGCGCUGCGAGUCGCCAUCGCCGCGCAGGCGCCGCACUGGCCGCAGGUGAAGCGCUACAGCUCGCUGGUGGGUCUGUCCGCACUGGAAGCGGGCGGCGCGGCGGCGGCGGCGCGGCUGGGGCGCCUGCAGAGCGAGCGCGACGCGGCCGACACCGCUGCGGCCAUGGCCACGCUGUCCGUGCAUCAGCUGCCGCCCGCUGCGCCGCUACUCCCGCCGCAGACGCAACCGCUUGCACUCAGCAGGUCGGCGGAGAGUUCUCGCUCGGUAUCGGAGGAGCCCAUGGAGCAGGACGAGGGCAAGUGAAGCCUCACUCUCUCCGCUGCCGACACAUUCCGCGCUCCCCGCGAGCCGACAGCCGCCGGCGAGCACUGCCGGGCGGCGCCGAACACACGCGUGAACUAAAGCUGUAUAUUGUGACAUGUAAUAUAUGAGCCAGCGCGCAGGGCCGCUCGCCCCUCGCCCGACAAUCUCCUCCCCCUAGCACCGAACUUGAGAUUAUUAUCAUCAUCACAAUGUUACAAUUGCCAGAGUUAAGGCCACUCGCUACAACUGUGUUGUAUUUUUGUCAUGAGUGUCGAAGAGGAUUGCGGUUCUCAAAUGAUCGCCAUCAAAGUUCGGUGCUAGGGCGCCUGUUUCCGCGAAGCGAGAUGUGUUAUAUGUAUAUUACAUAAAAUGUCUAUUCGAUGUGAUUCAUAAUGAAUUAGUCUCGGUGAGGCGAUCGUGUGUGUAGAUGGUAAAAUUAAGACAAAUCUUAAUUUGAAAGCUUUAACGUAGUAAAAUUGUAAGUGUACAAAAUGAUGUUAUUAUUAUAUAUUUGGAUAUGCUUUUAAGUAUGACUAAGAAGUGUAUUAUCGUGUAGAAGUAGAUACUGUCGUACCUCCGCGGCCGCCGCCGCAGCGUCUCUCGACGUCGAGCGUCGUCAGCGACCUGGGACGGCUACCUUUCACGCCGUCGUUUCAACGAAAUGUUUUUAUUGGAUGUUAUCGCUCGGCGCAGAUUUCUAUUUAAAUUUUGUCGGAAAAAGUGUUUCAACAUUCCGCCACGAAUGCGUUGUAUAUUAUCUUUGUCUAUACCAAAGACUUCAGAUUUGAAAAGUAUGUCUAUCGUAAUUUGUAUAUUGUAUUUGUUAAAUGGACGUCCUUGUAGAAACUCGCAAAGUGUAAUACUAUUGAAUAAUGCGUUGUGUUGUAUUGUUGCGAUUUUAUAGCAAAGUCUAGAGGAAACCUAGUAGCCCACUAAAUAUUGUUAUUUUUGUAUAGAGAGGAGUUUACGAGAGGUCUUCGUUUCGUUUUAACUUAUUGAAUCGGUGUUGAUAGUCUUUUUUGAGAAACAAAUA